AUGUUCACUUUAACGAGGAAGAGUACACUGGCGAAGAAGGAGGAGCACGUGAACUUGUGUGUCAGUGAGGGACUGAAGAAGGUCUACAAAAGCAAACUGCUGCCACUCGAAGAAUUUUACAACUUCCAUGAUUUCCAUUCACCUCCUUUGGACGAUGCUGAUUUCGAUGCCAAGCCGAUGAUUCUCCUCGUUGGUCAGUAUUCCACUGGAAAGACAACUUUCAUCCGCUAUCUUCUGGAGCAGGACUUCCCAGGCAUGAGGAUUGGACCGGAACCAACUACCGAUAGUUUCAUCGUUGUUUCGUACGGAGAAGAUAACAGCGUUAUUCCGGGAAAUGCCGUCGUCGUCGAUAAGAAAAAACCGUUCAGAGCACUGGCCAAGUUUGGAAACGCUUUUUUAAACCGGUUUCAAUGUUCCCAAGUGAACAACAGAGUUCUGGAAAGUCUUUCAAUAAUUGACACUCCUGGAAUUUUGGCUGGAGAGAAACAAAAAGCUGAUCGCGGCUACAAUUUCGCCGCUGUGAUUGAGUGGCUGGCGGAACGAGUCGACAGAAUCAUUCUGCUGUUCGAUGCGCACAAACUCGAUAUAUCGGACGAGUUCAGAACGGUUAUUGAAUCGAUGAAAGGUUACGACGACAAAAUCAGAAUCGUCCUGAACAAAGCUGACAUGGUAGACCACCAGGAACUCAUGAGAGUCUACGGAGCGCUGAUGUGGAGCUUGGGUAAGGUUCUAAACACUCCCGAGGUAGCCAGAGUGUAUAUCGGAUCGUUCUGGGACCAACCUCUGCAUUUCGAUGCCAACAGAAAACUUUUCGAGUUGGAGGAACAGGAUCUCUUCCAGGAAAUUCAAAAUCUUCCGAAAAAUGCUGCGGUCAGAAAGUUGAACGACCUGAUCAAGAGGGCUCGAAUGGUUAAGGUACACGCUUACAUAAUGAGCCACCUGAAAACACAACUACCAGCCUUUGUUGGGAAGAAGUCGAAGCAGAACAGUCUGAUCCACAAUCUGAAGGAAACCUACGCUUUCGUGCAGAAUCACUAUCAGAUCUCUCCAGGCGAUUUCCCGAACCUGAAGAAGAUGCAGGAGCAGCUGAAGAUGAAGGAUUUCACGAAGUUUCACACCCUUCGGAAGAAAUUGUUGGAUACUGUUGAUAGCAUGCUGGAAGAGGAUGUGCCGAGGUUCAUGCAGAUGAUCCCCAAAGACGAACAAGUAAUGCGAGACAUGUCAAUAAUAAAAGGAGGUGCGUUCAGUGAAUAUCUGGAGAGUCCGUUUGGAUUCAACUGCGGCGAGGGCAUCGAACGCGGGAAGAACGAGCCAGAGUGGGUCGUGUACCAAGGUAGGGCCCAGUAUGAAGAAAUCUUCCAAACUCUCGGUCCCGUCAACGGGAAAAUUUCAGGAUUAGCAGCCAAAAAAGAGUUGAUGAAAUCGAAACUAUCCAACGCCAUUUUGGGAAAGGUCUGGAGGCUGUCAGAUAUCGACAAGGAUGGAUUGCUGGAUGUGGAAGAAUUCGGUCUGGCUCUGUAUUUAAUUGAUCUGAAGUUGCACGGCUGCGAGUUGCCACACGACCUCCCGGACCAUCUGGUUCCUCCCUCAAAAGUUUCUCAUCGCCGAGUUGGAAUGGUGAACGGAGAUGUUAAUGGCAAUCACCUUGCCGAGAUCAGUCACGUCAACGUCAAUGGAAGCGUCCACAACAACCACCACCACCAACAGCAGCAAUCGCCACAACAACAACAACACAAGUUGAAUCAUGCUGGUACCAGCAGUACGGAAUGCGAUUUUUCAGAUAAAUUAUAUCCUAUGCCCAGUUCAGGCGCCAUUAAAGUUGAGUAUUAA